AAAAUUGAGACUAUCAAAGAAUUUUUAAAUUAAUUUAAUAUAAUAAUAUAUACAUAAUAAUUUUUUAUAAAUGGCAGCAGUUAUUUUCUUUUUACAUUACUUUUUUUUAUAUAAAAUAUAUGACAACUUUUGUAUUGAUCAUUAUAGUAUGGCCGCUUAUUACUAUCAAUUAUCUGUUAUCAGUAAUUGUUGGUCCAAAAUAUUGGUGCAUGGUGGUCAAAUACCAUAGUAAAUGCUCAAAGUAAUACAAUAUACAAUUAGUUAUUGAACUGUUAAAUCUAUUUACUGUAAACAAUAAACAUUUCUGUCUUCUGAUAUAUUUUUAAAAUUAAAAUGCUGAUGCUCUGUGCCAUUGUUGGGUAUUCUAAUAAAACAACAAACAAAAAUAUCUCUUUCUAUUGUUUUCCAAAAGUUAAGAUGAAUGCUGCGUCAGACCUGAAAAUGAAAAUGAAUAAACAACAAAAUGCUUGGUUGAAAUCAUUACAUAGACUUGAUCUACCAAAUAAAAAUAUUGACUACAUGCGUGUAUGUUCUGCUCAUUUUAAAUCUGGUAAACUAGCCAAAUACCAAGCCGAAAAUGAUCCAGAUUGGUAUCCAACAUUAAAUAUGGGUUAUUGUGUUACUAGUGGUAAGAGUAAAUUAUUAGAUAUAGGUAUAAUGAUGAAUUUAUGAAUUUAAUAUAAUAGGCUAAUAUAAAACUAAA